GACUUUAUUUUCAGGUAAUCCCAACAACCAACUAACCCCUUCAAGUUCAGCAAGUUCCCUUACGGCAGACUCUUUGAGUUCAUCUAAUCGAAGCAGCUUGGCCAAUAUGCCAGACUAUGAUGUUCCUAAACCAUACGCCAGAGGCCCUCAGAUAGUUCUACAACCGCCUCAACACUAUGAUGUCCCUUCGCAACUGACUAAAGAGCUCCCACUCGAACUGAACUCGGCUCUUGAAAACUUGGAGAGACUACAGACUGACACAACCAGCGCAAUAUCUAAACUAUUAGGUUUUGUGGGACAUCAGUGGAGAACCAAGGAGCGCUUGGAGCCUAGUUUGAUGGAAAUCAAGCUGUCAGUGACGAGGCUGCGUGUCUCGCUACACGACUUAGCAGAGUUUGGAGAAGGGACCCUGGGAAACGCCGCCCGGGCUUCGGAUAAGAACUUGGCCGGAAAGCUAGCACCACUAGUUUCUGCCUUGAAGCGUUCUGAUAUUUUGGUACAGGAAGCUUCAGAAAAAUUAGCCAAGCACAAUUGGUCACUUGAGCUGCUUUCAAGACCUGCAGAGGAAGAAAAAAUUAGAAAGCCUGAUGAGCUGGAACAACUGGUCGCCUGUUCCAGAGCCCUAACGGAGGACAUCCGGCAAAUAGCAUCUUUCAUUCAAGGUAAUGGUCUUUUGCUGUUCAAAAAGGAGCAGCAAGGCAACAGCGAGUGGGUUGAGGAAUAUGACUACGUAAGUUUAGACUCAAAAGAGAACAUGGCUAAGAACCACGCGGAAAUUCUCAAGGACCUACCACAGAGCCUUCGCAAAGGCUAUGACAACUGUGUUAAGAUUGCUGAUUCAAUUGCUUUUGAUAAUGAUCAUAAAUCUCCUGGUUUAGACUCUGAUGAUAAGCAGUUGUUGACAUUUUAUGCUGCACAGGUUGUUACACAUCAUACCAACCUCACAAAUGCUAUAGAUGCAUUUAUCAAGACUGUAGAGCACAACCAACCUCCUAAGAUAUUUCUGGCUCACGGAAAGUUUGUAGUACUGAGCGCACACAAGUUGGUACUCAUUGGAGAUACGGUUCACAAGAAUAUUUCUUGUAGGGAGAUCAAGGAGGGGGCUAUAAAUUGUGCCAACGCAUUAUCUGAUGCUUUGGCGAGCAGCGUAAACAAAACUAAGCAGGCAGCUAUGCAGUUUCCUUCUGUCACAGCAGUCCAGGAGAUGGUGGACUCUAUUGUGGAUAUUUCGCAUGCGGCGAAAGCUCUGAAGGUGUGUCUGGUACAGGCUGCAGUACCCCUAUAACUUUUCAGGUUUUUAUAAUUUUGUUGACAGUUUCCCAAAAAAAUUAGUAGGUGAAAUAAAUGAUCUAAUGGCUUUGUUUAAAACCAUUAUGAAUUACUUGA